AUGGCAGCACCAGGAAGACCGAGAUUGGGCAUGUUCACGAGCGGGCUGUCCUCCGUCUCCCAGAGCAGCGACCCGAGCUCGCCCAACGUCAGCUCCCCCGCCGAGCAACGGGCCGGCGCAAAGGCCAACAUGUUCCAGACGAUGCGCCUGCCCACGCAGCACGUCUGGGUAUGCUACUUUGACAAACAAGUCAAAGACCAGAAGAAAUCUGAGGACGGCGAAGACUACCAUGCCACGCUUGAGCAGCUCGACACGGAGAUCAAGUCGGUCGCCGACUUCUGGCGGUACGAGAACAACAUCCCCGUCGACCAGAUCAAGAUGCGCGAGUCCAUCUACCUCUUCAAGGAAGGGUACAAGCCCAUCUGGGAGGACCGCCGCAACAUCCUGGGAGGCUCCUGGACAUUCCGCGUGCCCAAGAGCUCGGGCAGGGAGUUCUGGAAGUGGGUCCAACUCAUGGCUAUUAGUGAGAGCCUAGAGGGCGCGCUCGAUCAGGGCGAUCAGAUCUGCGGAGUGGGACUCUCCGUACGCUUCAACUCGCACCUCAUCUCCAUCUGGCACCGCGACGCCUCGAAACAGAAGUCGAUCGACGGGCUGCUGGAAGCCGUGCUGACGUCUCUGCCCGAGGAGCUCAAGCCCAAGGGUCCUGACAACUACUUUUACAAGAAGCACUCAGACCACGCCGGCUUCAAGGCGCCUCCCGAGCUGCAGGCUGUGCUCGACUCCCAGAAAAGAGCUCAGGAGGUGGUUGCUGCUGCCAAUGCGAAGGCCUCGGCUCCAGCGCCUACGACGACCGAGACGACAGAGUGA